AUGGCUGUGCUCGUGCAGAUGAUUGCCAAGAGGCAAAGCAAUAACUUUAAUGAUGAUGAUGAUAAUAUUGAUAAUAACUGCGAUGGCUAUGGAAACUGCUAUUCGACAUGGGGCAGUUGGGGACGAUGGGUUGUACUAGUUCUCAUAAUUCUUGCCUUUGUUCUUCUGGCUUUCGGUUUAUCAUGCAUCAACUCCCGUCGUCGUCGUCGUCAAGGAGUUCAGCCAAUGUAUGGUACAGGCUGGAUGGCCAAGCCCCCUCCAUAUGGUCAUUACAACAACCAACCCGGAGCUUACAACUAUGGUCCCCCUCCACCAAUGUAUACUCCAAAUGGACAGAUCCCACCACAACAAACGGGCAACACUUUUAAUAGUAAUGAUGGAUAUUACGGGCAUCAUGGUCAACAUGGUCAACCAGAUAUUGAAUUGCAACAACCACCCAAUGCCUACACGAGAGGCGGAGAUGAUGUUUACCAAGCACCAAUGGGUCCACCACCUACAAAACACACCUAG